AAGAUCUAUAUUUUUAGAAACGGAUCUAUUAUUUGUGGUGUUAUUGAGGAUGGUCUCCGAUGAUAGACCUUUUUUAAAUUUGUAUUGAAUUUAUUUUGUGAAAUUUUUGGGUGUUUCUUUGAAGAUCUAUAUGUUUUUACUCCAUGAUCGGAAUUUUUUUUGGUAAAAUUUUAAAGUGAUUCACAGACAUGGCGAGGUGGUCUCCGAUGAAAGACAGAGACUUCUACAACUCUACAUCUCGAUCUGAAAAGUUUCAUUUUGAUCUAAAUUUUGACCUUUAAGGUCUCUACAGAAGGGGUCUCCGAUCUAUGACAAUUUGUUUUGCUUGGGAAAAGGAAUUUCAGGAACAAUUGGAUCAUCAACUCUUAUCGCAGACCACGGCCAUGCAAACCCUAACGCAAACCGUCGAGAAGCUUUAGCGACAGUUGGAGACCGUCACUGCCCGGGUGGAGAAGACGCCAUACACUAGUUCGGCCGGGCCGCGUUUCACAGACUCCGGGACUGUCAUGUCCAAACUCAAGCUGGAUAUGCCAAAAACUGACGGGGUGGAUCCUAUCGGGUGUCUUUUUAAGGCCAAUGAAUGUUUCUCCUUCUACGGCGUGCCAGAUGACCAACGCCUCACGGCUGUGUCGCUCAUGUUGGAGGGCGCGGCGUUGGAUUGGUUUCGGUGGAGGCAGCGUAAUCGUUCGUUGCUUUCGUGGACUGAUUUCGUCACGAAAUUCAAGCUUCGUUUUGAUCCCUCAAAUUAUGUGGACUUCUUGGGUGUGCUGUCAAAGGUGAUGCUGUUUCAAGCUUUGUAUGGGCGGCCCCAGCCGGACCUUAUCCCCUAUAAUCGUGGUGCAAGCAAGGUACCGGCUGUUGAUGACAUCCUGGCUGAACAGGACGCCCUGCUACGUCGCCUCCGUGGUAAUUUGCAAGCUGCCCAGAACUGGAUGAAGUUGCUAGCUGACAGGGUUUAGGGUGAAAUUCAAGAAGCAGCCAUGGCGUUAUCUUAUCACUUUUCCUUGAAAUAAGUAGAUGGUGUAUAUCUUAGCCUCUUUAUAAUUGCUUUGAAAUGAGAUUUUAAAUGUGUUUUCUCCUUUUCAACUUGACUUGAGAUUUGAGGGGCAUCCAUGUUUUAUUUUAUUCGGUUUACUGAAGUCAAGGAAGGAUUACGAAACUUGGUGUGGCUAACUGGCUAGCCAGAAGCAGCCAUGGCUUAUCUUAUCACUUUUCCUUGAAAUAAGUAGAUGGUGUAUAUCUUAGCCUCUUUAUAAUUGCUUUGAAAUGAGAUUUUAAAUGUGUUUUCUCCUUUUCAACUUGACUUGAGAUUUGAGGGGCAUCAUAAUGAAUACAAUGGUUUGGGGCUGUGCCAUUUUCAAUGAACAUGGUUUGGGGAUGUGCCAUCCCUGGUGUGAAAAUUCGGAAGAUUCAAUGAACAUGGUUUGGGGUUGUGCCAUUUUCACUGUGGCGUGAUGUUAUCAAUGUUGGGGCAGUGCAUAGGGUGUCUUCUGUGAAGUACUUUGUGGAUUUAUUGAUGCAAUGAAUAUUGGGGCAAUGGAGAGGGCUUUCAUUCGUGUACUGCCUGGCUGGAUUUAUUAGAUUGAGAUGACAUGUACUUGAAUGUGUUUUGUCCAGAAGUGAUUGUAUAUGUUUACAAAAUGAGAUGUAAUGUAUAGCUGCCAUGUGUACCAAAGUAUUUAUAGCCAUUGGAUUAUCAUUUCUAGCGGGAAAAUUGAGGAAUGAAAUUGCACUGAAUUU